ACCUUUUAUCUCAAACACUCUCCAAGAUCUAAGCACUCAAACCCUUGCUCCUCUUGAAGCUCAAUGGCUAGCGUUAUCGAUAGCAGUAGUCAGCCAGUCGCCAUAAUAAGACGAAGCAGCUUUCCUGAAGACUUUGUAUUUGGAGCAGCAUCUUCAGCUUACCAGUAUGAAGGGGCUGCCUUUAAGUAUGGCAAAGGGCCAAGUAUUUGGGAUACCUACACCCACGAACACCCAGAGAGAAUUGCUGAUCACAAAAAUGGAGAUAUAGCUGUUGAUGAGUAUCAUCGCUAUAAGGAAGACGUUGGCAUCAUGAACAAAAUAGGUUUUAACGUUUAUCGAUUCUCAAUCGCUUGGUCUAGAAUUUUUCCAACUGGAAAGCUUUCUGGGGGUGUGAAUCAACAAGGAAUUGAUUACUACCAUAGUCUCAUCGAUGAACUGCGUGCAAAUAAGAUCAAACCUUAUGUCACACUAUUUCAUUGGGAUGUUCCUCAAGAUUUAGAAACCGAAUAUGGUGGCUUCUUGAAUAGUCAAAUUGUUGAUGAUUUUCGAGACUUCGCCGAGUUUUGUUUCAAGGAGUUUGGAGAAAAAGUGAAACAUUGGAUAACUUUAAAUGAACCAGUCAUGUUCACAUGCAAAGGUUAUGUAAUUGGGGAAUACGCACCCGGUAGAGGUGCUGAAUGGGAUCCAAGUCGCUAUCUUGGUGGUAAUUCUGGCACCGAACCAUACAUUGUUGGUCACAACCUAAUUCUUGCACACGCUGCUGCUGCCAAUCUUUACAAGACCAAAUAUCAGGCAGACCAAAAGGGCGAGAUUGGCAUCACAUUGACAUCAACAUGGUACGUACCAUAUUCAGAUUCUGAGGAAGACAACAAAGCUAGAGAUCGAGCUUAUGAUUUUUCGCUUGGUUGGAUGUUGCAUCCACUCGUUUAUGGAGAUUAUCCGGUGAACAUGUUGGCUGUGGGGAAUAGAUUGCCCAAAUUCACAGACGAAGAACGCACUCUCAUCACAAACUCCUUUGAUUUUCUUGGAUUAAACUAUUACACAGCCAAUUAUGCAAAAGAUAAUCCCAAUGAUGUUCACCCAGAACCAAGCUAUUUGAAUGAUAUUCAUGCAACUCUUUCAACUGAUCGUGAUGGAGUCUCCAUUGGUCCAAAGGUGAGUCCAUCAUCUUGGCUAGCUGUUUAUCCCAAAGGAAUAGAAGACUUGUUGUUAUAUAUAAAGAAAAAUUAUCACAAUCCAAUUAUUUAUAUUACGGAAAAUGGAUACCUCGACUAUGAUAGCCCGAAUGUUGAAGAUUUAAUAAGAGACGAGGGUAGAGUCAAAUAUAUUCAUGACCAUCUCUAUUAUAUUCAUAAAGCAUUGAAGGAUGGUGUAAGGGUUGGUGGCUAUUUUGCAUGGUCAUUAUUAGACAAUUUUGAAUGGGCGAGUGGAUACACUAUGCGCUUUGGUCUCACUUACGUUGAUUUCAAGAAUAAUUUGACGAGAGAGCCGAAAAACUCAGCAAAAUGGUUCCACAAUUUUCUCAAGACUUGAAAACGAUACACAAAUCUUCUAUAUUGUAUGCUAUCUUAUUAUCAUUUUGUGUUUCGUAAUUGCAACCUUCUAGAGCACUUGCUACUGGGAGAAGAUACUAAAUAAAUUGCAAUUGCAAUCACAAAUGCACUUAUUUUUGACAAAGUAACUUUAUGUUUUCUAUAUCAUGAUAUGAAGUGAAAUAAAUUUCUUAUCUCUUUUCUUGC